CCAACCCACCCCUCGACGGUAAGGCAAGGCAAGGCAAGGCAAGAGCAUCGAAACAGGAUGGAGUCACAGAUGCGAUCCGAGGCCGAAAAGGCCCUCGAGACCCAGCCCGACAUGCAGUGCGAGGGCUUUGAGUCGAGCAGGGUGUUUGCCCUGACGAAGCAGAUGCUCGACAACCCGCCGCCGGACUCGACGGCGACGCGGAAGCGGCUGCUGCGGAGCAUCAAUGCCAUCUUUCUCUUUGUCAUCCACCCCUCUGCGCCGCUGGAUGCGUCGAACCCGCGCACGCGGCCGUCCAAGGGCCAGAGCGGCGGCGCGCUCCGGCCAGCCUACUGGCACGCCGACUUGCGGUCCAAGGGCACGAUUGCGCGCGGGCAGCCGCCCAAGACGGUGCUGGGCCGCAAGCGUCGGGCCGAUGUCACCAUCGAGUGCCUCGACCGCGACUUUGUCGACAUGGCCACGGGCAAGCGCCACGCCUCGGCACUCUUCAACGGCGGCCGCAUCAAGAUCAAGGGCUCCAUCGACCUCGCCCUCCGCAUCGCAGAGCUCAUCUCCUACGAGCGCUCCAAGAUCUACGGCACCGUUCCGGGCGCCCCCAGCGCUGCCCAGUCCAUCACCUCGCGCGAGGAGGAGGACUACAGCGACGGCGCCCCCGCGCCCGUGUCUGACUUUAAGCCACAGGGCGUCAAGGCCCGGCUGUAGGCAGUAGCCAGCUGCUGGCUUUGUUAAACGGAAUACAUUAUUUUGGCUUGCAGGCAAUUCUUGUUUGCUUGUUUGUUCGGACAGCGAGGCUGUCUGCGACGAUUUCAUUAUCGUAAUCGUGAAGAACUUUCAAUGUGAUCCCGUACGAGUGUCGCUGCACUUGUCACUGAUCACCGCAGCAGUGCCCUUCUCGCA